AUGCUUGGAUCAUCCAGCCUUGCUCACCUACACCCAUCCACCAGGAUCGCCCGAUCUCCAUUCAUCAGAAAGAAAUACAAUGGAUCACUAGUCAACAUCCUCGAGACACAGCAUAAACUAAACAAGAUCAACCAAGAUCAACUAUUGCGCGUAUGCGUUCGAAAAAGACCACGAUCGAAAAAGGAGCUGAGUCAAGGCGAAAGGGAUGGUGUGUCUGUCAUGGAUGAUAACUGUACAAUCCUUAUAAAUGAGUCAAAAAAACGACCUGACUCAUCUCAUUUUACUGAACGUUACAUGUUUACAUUUGAUGACGUGCUAAAUACAGAUCAUGUAAAUAGUUAUGUUUAUGAGAGGACAGCUCAACCACUUGUCAGUUACAUUUUUGAAAAGAGUGGAAAUGCAACUUGCUUCGCCUAUGGACAACGUAAUUCAGGCAAAACUCAUACCUUGUUCAACAGUCAUGACGGAAUAAGCGUCUUGGCGGCACGUGAGGUUUUAAAUAUGCUCCAGAAGCCGGAAUAUAUGCAUCUGUCUGCAUGGGUGGGGUUUUAUGAAAUAUAUCAAGAUCAAUUGUACGACCUAUUAGAUGAUCGUAAGAAGUUGUAUACAAGAGAGAUAAAAGAUCAUCCUAUGGCCAUUGUCGGAUUAAAAGAGUUUCGUAUCAAAAAUGUAUCUGAUAUGAUACAAAUGAUAAACUGUGGCAACCAAUUGCGUAUGAAAGAUCCACUUUAUUCCCAUGCUGUUUUGCAAAUCGCCCUGAGGCAAACUGACGACAAGAAGGUAACCAUGGGGAAAUUAAGAGUGAUGGAAAUAGCCGAAGGCGCAUUAGAUAAAGACGAAAGGACAAGGGCAGAUGUAGAGCUGAGAUCAAAGCCAGUAAAGACAAAAAAAGUGAUUCGUUUACUAAAUGAAUCAUUUAUGAAUAAAUCGCGUGCAUGUAUGAUUGCGACCGUAUUGUCUACUCCAUCCAAUAUUGAGAGCACGUUGGAUACGUUAAGAUGUGCGAAUGAAAUCAAAGGUCAAAAGGAGUCUAGGGCCAUUAGUCCCGAGAAGAUGACAGAGUUUCUUCGUCAGCAUAAACAGCAUAUUUGUGAUAUGAACGAAUGUUUAAACAAGGAGAUCAAGUUUAUUCAUCAGCCACAUGCAAAAAGAAGCGUAAAUGAAUUUAUCGAGUAUCUGGAGACAUUGAGCGAUUUAUUGGAACUAAAGGCAAGAUCGAUUCAACAAUUAAAGAAGAGGAUAGACGAGAUCAAGAAAUAA